AUGGACGUCGCGAAUGCGGUGAUGACCUUGAGCAAUGAAGAAAAGAGGCCUUACGAAGGAACGCCCGAGGAAGAUCAGAAAGGCAUCUACGUCGGCUUCAAACCCUCUGGAGAACUCGGCACCAAGGUUGGCUUCCACAAAGAGGUCGACCAUUACAAUAUGCUUCUUCACGACUUCGAAACUCGGCCACAUCCGCAAAUCAUCUCCCCGUUCAAGGAAGAGAUGCGGCAUCUGAUGCAGACUUUGAAUGAUGACAUUCAUCGCAAACUACUUAUUCUCGUGGCCAUGGUCUUAGAGGUUCCCGAGCAGCUUGUGCUCGACAUGCAUCGACCGGGUGGCUCGACGACGAAUUACUUCCGAUAUAUGAGCAACUCGCCGCGCAACGAUGCCGACCGAGAAAAGUCCUGCGACCUGUUCUUGCCAGGCCAUGCUGACUGGAGUACCUUUUCCAUUUUGUUCUCGCAGCCAAUCUCUGCUCUUCAAAUCUUGGAUAAUCACAACCAGUGGAAAUGGGUCCGACUAAUUGAUAACAACGUCGGCGAAGCGCUUGAAUUCCUCACUGGCCGUCUCUUCAAAGCAACCAUCCACCGAGUCGUGACGCCGCCUGUGGACCAGCGGCCCAAGCUUCGCAUCGGGAUUCUCUUCUUCACCCGUCCCAACGACGACAAGCUCCUGGUGCCGAUGGCCGAGUCGCCGUACCUGCAAAGGCUUGGGCUGGACAAGAGCCAGGAGACUGAAGUGUUCAAGACGAAUGAGUACCUGCAGGCAAAGAAGCGCGGAUACAAGAAGAAGGAGCUGGAGUAUGACUUCGAUCGGCCUAAGGAUGCGACGAAGCACGUGGAUCCAUUUAGUGAUUAUGAUCCCUCAGACUUGAAGAGGCACAGAGGCGACACUGCCAUCGUCAAAGGAGUUCCUAUCAUGUAG